UGAAAAAGGUUGGGAUUUACAAUGCUGCACCAGGACUCUUAGUUUCGUAUAAUCUAAAGUUUUUUCUAAAUUUUAUCGUUUAGAUGAAACAACAGUCGCUCCUCCCAAAACAGCAACAAGAGCUGCACCAUCAUCUGAAUGUCUUCUAUCACCAUCAUCCAAAAUUGUUUUGAAUGAAUCUAAUCGUGAUCGAGGUACUGAGAUUAUAAAAGAAAUCUCAGAUCUGAAAAUGAUGAUUUCAAAAGUUUACGCAAUCCAAAAAAGGAGCAACAGAAAAGAAGUUUGUAUAAUUAAAAAGGAGAAGACUUGUUAAUAAUUCCAGAUAAUCGUCCUAGUAGUCUAAAAUUCAACCAAAUCUGUUUUGGACAACAGAUUACGAAAAACAGCGUACCUCCUCGGUUCUAGUAUGUUUUAUUAGAACGUAGAUGUCCUUGAGCAGCGCGCAGAAUAGAAAUAGUACUUCCGAUUAGAGAUGUUAAUUUAGUGUUAUUUUAAAAAAUAAAUAUAAAUGAUUCAUUUACUUUUAUAAAAUAAAGAUAAUUUUUUUUCAUUUAGUCAUAUUUAUUUUAUAAAAGCAAAUGAAUCAUUUAUAUUUAUCCAUUAUUAUAAAUGAACAAUAAAACUAAAUUAACACCCCUACUUCCGAUAACAAGAGUAUCCAUUCUUAAGUAACAGAAAAGACGAAAAUUACGGUACUGUAUGGUAUCUCAUUAUGGUGGGGUUUCAGAAGGGACUCUUACAUAGUAGCAGCUGAUAGUCUAAGUAUGAGAACCCAGCUAAUUAUAUGUGAGCAUUUUGUCGCUUAGGUUGGUAAAUUAAAUACGCUUUACUUUCUUUGGUUUUAGAAUAAACCAUGUUUAGCUUCACCGAAAGAACCAAUGAUCGAAAAUAAUAUUAAUCUGAUGUCUUUGAGUGGUGUUACGCCUAGACGAUAUUUGUUAAAUGUUGCAAAAGUUUUGUUAACUCCUGAACAGCUCGGGAAUGGCUUUUUACCCGAUUUUCGUGGAAAACGUGAUGGAAGAGUACCGAUUACACAAGAAGAUGUUGAUAAGUUAACAGAAGCUGUUCGACGUAAAUUCUCAUUCAAAACAGAAGACAUGCAAUCCUUGUGGCGAGAUGUGCUACGAGGAGCAUUGAUACAAAAAACGUUAGAUGCUAAAAAUAAACAAAAAGUUCAUACUUGCGCAGCUCCACGUAAUGAGGUAAAGUCAAUGGAAAACAAAUGCUUUAAUAUUUUGUAAUUUCAUUAUUCAUUUGCAUAUAUCAUUUCCACAAUUACUUUGUGUGCUAUCUGCCCAUUCUGCACGAAAGUUUCUGUAUUAUUUAGCUAUUCUACUAACAAUCAAUGCAGUCUUUGAAGUCUAAUCUUUUUUUGCAUUUUAUAUUUGCAGAUGAACAACAAAAUUGACAAAAAUUGAUAUUUUUUAAGCAAGAAAAAGAAAAGUAGCAAAGGAAAUAUAUUUUUCUAUUCAUGGAAUAUUUACAUUUAUAUUUGUGUUUAUACAAGAAUAAAUGAAAUAUAAAAAAGUAAAA